AUGAUCUUGAGCAGAGUAUCAUUGGGCUUUUUGGGCCUGUUUUUCAUGGCAGCCUCCAUCUUGCUGAUCUUUCUCACACUGCUGGGGGGUGCUCGCAAUAGCACUCCACUGAACGAGAUCUACUUCCUGCAGGCCGCCACUGGGAACAUCCCUGGGGCCCCAAGCAUUUCGCGAUGGACCUUCUGGAACGUCUGCGGAGUGACCAACAAUGGCAGGAAUGACUGCGGCAAAACGCACCCCGACUACCCAUUUGACCCCCCAAGCCACCGCACUUUUGAUACCACCGUGAAUGUUCCCCCUGAGUUCAUCGGAACGAAGCACUACUUCUUGACGUCGCGUUUCAUGUUCCCAUUCAUCAUUAUCGGUCUGUUCUUCGCCGUGUGUUCGCUCUUCACUGGGUUGCUAUCAAUGUGUACCCGCAUCGCCAGCUACCUCUCCGGUUUCCUGGCCUGGCUCGCUCUGACUUUCCAGGGCAUCACCACCUGCCUCAUGACUGCUGUCUUUGUUCAGGGCCGCAACGCCUUUAAUAAGAAUGGCCAAAACUCCCAGCUGGGCGUUAAAGCCUUCUCCUUCAUGUGGACUGCUACCGCUUGCCUGUUCCUCUCAUGUCUGAUGUACUGUCUCGGCGGUGCCGUCGGCCGGAAAGACAACUCCGGAUACAGCGGACGCAAGGAACGCCGCCGUGGUUUCUUCUCCUCGCAGCGCUCUAACAGUGUGAGAAGCCAGAAGAAGGAGCGGGAGAACAACUCCUACGCUUAA